UAAUGAGGAGUUUGGAAUGUGCAGCGCGCUUCCCCAAUUUUCAGCGUCACCGUUAUUAUCAGUUGCUUCCACUUCCACUCGUCUCUGCUUCUUUCCGCAACAAAUCUUCACAAUCUUUCAGCACCUCAUUACUAGUUCACAAAUGCAACUGGAUACGGCUCAGCCCUCCUUGUGCUCUGCCUGAAAGUGGACACUCCGAAUCUCUCCUCGUCCACGGCGACGAGGAUAAAGAUGAAGAUGUGGCCAUGGACGGACCAGCCACAACAACUGCUGUCACGGAAGAUGCUAAUUCCGCAACAAUAAUUUCCUCAUGCUUGGUUGGUCUUCUUACCGGCAUCGCUGUCGUGGUCUUCAACAACGCAGUACAUGAGAUACGUGACUUUUUCUGGGAUGGGAUACCGUCUCGAGGUGCGUCAUGGUUGAGAGAAGAGCCCGCUCAAGUAAUCUGGAUGCGAGUCAUUUUGGUCCCUGCUUGUGGGGGCCUCAUCGUGAGCUUCUUGAGCCUGCUUCGAACUGCUCCUGCUCUGCAAGUGGACCAAGACUCUUCUCCUCCUCCUCCUGCGACAGCCAUUUCGUUUUCCCUACUUAAUAAUAAUGUUAAAUCUGCAUUGCAACCAUUCUUAAAGACACUUGCUGCUUGUGUCACCCUCGGCACUGGUAAUUCCUUGGGCCCUGAAGGUCCUAGUGUUGAGAUAGGCACUUCCAUUGCCAAGGGAGUUGGCUCUUUGUUCGACAAAAAUCCCCGUAGAAAGCUCUCCCUUGUGGCUGCAGGAUCAGCCGCCGGAAUCUCCUCCGGGUUCAAUGCCGCUGUAGCUGGUUGUUUUUUCGCUGUAGAGUCAGUGUUGUGGCCAUCACCAGCGGAGUCGUCAAUAUCACUUACAAAUACCACUUCUAUGGUUAUACUAAGCGCCGUAAUAGCUUCUGUAGUUUCAGAAGUUGGUCUUGGUUCUGAACCAGCAUUUAAAGUCCCGGAUUAUGACUUCCGCUCACCCAGUGAGCUUCCACUGUAUUUAUUGUUGGGUAUGCUAUGCGGCUUCGUUUCGUUGGCCUUAUCUAGGUGCACAUCAUACAUGUUGGUAAUUGUUGACAAUCUUCACAAAUCCAUUGGCAUACCAAGGGCUUUGUUCCCUGUACUGGGUGGCUUAAUUGUUGGGUUGAUAGCAUUGGCAUAUCCUGAAAUCCUUUACUGGGGCUUUGAGAAUGUUGACAUUUUGUUGGAAUCUCGGCCGUCUGUUAAAGGUUUGUCAGCUGGUCUAUUGCUUCAGCUGGUAGGAGUUAAAAUAGUAGCAACCUCUUUGUGCCGAGCCUCUGGAUUAGUAGGAGGCUACUAUGCCCCCUCCCUCUUUAUUGGUGCUGCAACAGGCAUGGCAUAUGGGAAAUUCAUUAGUUUUGCAGUUUCUCAGUCCAAUUCUGUGAUUAAUCUCUCCAUAUUGGAAGUGGCAUCGCCACAAGCAUAUGGCCUGGUUGGAAUGGCUGCUACUCUUGCAGGGGUGUGCCAGGUACCUCUCACUGCAGUUCUAUUGCUUUUUGAAUUGACACAGGACUAUCGGAUAGUCCUGCCACUACUUGGAGCUGUAGGGUUAUCCUCAUGGAUUACUUCUGGACAGACGAGGAGAAGAGAUGUCACGGAGACUAAAAAACUCAAGCAUACUAAUUUUCCUACAACUCAACAACCUGGAAUGUCUUCCUGUUCUACAAGUGGCCUAUCUUCUUCUUCUGCCCUCUCUGAGAAGGCAUUUAGUAUGAGUAACCUUUGUGAAGUUGAAAGUUCUCUUUGUGUAAAUAAUUUUGAUAUUGAAGCCGAAGAGCAGGAAAAGAGAAUAUCAGUUUCAGAAGCCAUGAGAACAAGAUAUGUGACUGUCUUAAUGAGCACUUCACUUAAAGACGCAGUAAGUCUCAUGCUUACAGAAAAGCAGUCCUGUGCAAUGAUUGUUAAUGAUAAUAACAUUUUGAUUGGUUUGCUGACACUUGGAGGCAUUGAAGAGUUCAGCAAAAUUGUGAAAGCAAGAAGCGAAAGGCCCAAGGAGCUUUUAGUAUCUGAAAUGUGUACUUUGGAUGAGGAAAUAUGUCAAGUACCAUGGACUGCUACACCCGGCAUGGAUCUUCUUUCUGCCCAAAUGAUUAUGACUAAGUAUGGUAUGAGUCAAGUCCCAGUCGUUAUGGAGCAUUUUGAAGAUCUCAGAGGGCACCCAGUUGGCCUCUUAGAUGCAGAAUGUAUCAACGUAACUUGCAGAGCUCUAGCAACUAGAGAAUCCCUCAGCUAAUAUUCCGCAGUUGAAAGGCAGUCAGUCGUUGAGGACAGAGAGUCUGUAUCGCGUAACCUUUGCUAAGAUGAACCAGAAUACCUGACAACAAGAUAUUUCUCGUCUCUGAGUUGUUGGUUUUCCUGUCAACCCAGCCCACACAAGAUUACGCUGGCACACGCCUGGUUGCUGCCUUAGAGGACCUCAUCUCACAUGGUGAAAGAUUUUUGCAAAUUAUGUUUAUUUCUAAAAUCAUUAAGAGUUGGAGUCCCACAAUUUGGGCUAUAUAACAAAGGAAGGUAAUAGCUUUUCUUCCGUAUAGCCAUGGCACUAGUCUUGGCAAGUGCCAUACGCAAUCCAUGGAGAAAAAAUAAUGGCAAGAUUAGUCGAGUUUCCAAAGGAUAUUGAGAUGGUGUUAAAGCUAUUGCAGCUUAUGCUCAUAAUCGGCCCGAAAAACGGUUUUCUCUUUAAUUAAAUCAUUUUGGUUUUCC